UUCUCUUCUCCAUUGGAAGGAAACGCGAGUCGAACCCGAAGGCUUAGCUAGACCCAAAAGGCCAAACCCCCUCUCGAGUCGUCGUCUCUGCGUGCGCUGCGCGAUGCCCCCAUCGAAGCCCAAGCGUCGGCGCGGCGGCGCCGGCUCCCGCGGCCGGAAGAAGCAGAAGCGCCUCGAUGCGAUCCACGACGUCGCGCCGGCCCCUCCCCCGCCGUCUCCGGGCGCCGGCGCCGGCGACGACGAUUCCGACGCGGAGGCCAUCCGUCGGAGCACACGGGUGCGCCGAGCGCCGGUCGUGCUCGACACCUCGCCGCUCCCUUCCCCCCGCCGCAAGAGGCCCCGCCGCGGUGGCGGCGGGGUGGGUUCAAGCGGGAGCUCGCGGAGGGGGACCAAGAGCAGGACGCGGGACGAGGCGGAUGCCUGGGAGAUGGAGGAGGAGGACGACGAGGGGAGUGUGGUGUGGCGCUCGCGGCUGAGGGAUAGGGUUAAGGGGAAGGCCAAUCUGGAGAGGCGGGCGAGGACACUGUGGUUCGGAGAGGACGAUGACGAGGAGGAGGAUGAGGAAGCCAGGAUGGUGGUGGUGGACGUCCGCGAGGGGGCUGAGGACGAAGAGGUGGGCGAGGAGGGUGGAGGUUUGCAGUCGCAACGUAGAGAACUGAGGGAUCGAGAGAUUAAUUUAACAAUAGAUUUGAACGUAGAAGCACACGAGGCUGUGGUAGGUGUCAAUGUAGUAGAAGAGGAAGAGGGAGAAAAAGAACAGAAGUCAGAGGUGGUGGCGGUAGCAGAGGAGGAGGAACCAACAGUAGGUACUAGAAAUGAUGUAGAAGAAGGCAAGGAGGAGGAAGUGGUGGCGGAGGAGGGUUUGCAGCGGGAGGAGAGAACAGAAGAGUUGGAGUUGCCUGUACUGGGAGGACAUGAUGGUGAUGAGUUAGCUUGUGAUGAGGGCAAUGAGGAAGUUGGGGCCAGCAAUUCAGACAGAAUUGAGCGGCUUGACGUGCAGAGUGAAGAGAUUGCAGAAGAGAGCAACCUUCGUGUAGAGCAGCAGAUGGAUCUGGACUGUCCUGGUCCUCCUGAGCAAGAGGAAGAGGUCCAGCAGGGCGAGCAUAUGGAUCAUGUACCAAACAUAGUAUUGUCUGAGGAUGGUCCAAAGGAGAGAAUGCCAAAGUCCCCAGUGUCAGAUGAAAAACGGGGAGUUAAGUUGGUUAAAGAAGGGAGGAGGUGUGGGCUCUGUGGAGGAGGGACUGAUGGGAGACCGCCUAAGAUUGCGUUACAUGAUUGUGUUGACAGUGACAAUGAAGCCUACGAGGGGGUUUUGCCUUCAGAGGAGCCAAACUAUGAUAUCUGGGAUGGAUUUGGUGAUGAUCCUGGCUGGCUUGGAAGGUUGUUGGGUCCAAUUCAUGAUCGCUUUGGCAUUGCACGUGUCUGGGUUCAUCAGAACUGUGCCGUUUGGAGUCCUGAGGUUUACUUUGCUGGUUUGGGGUGUCUAAGGAAUGUAAGAGCUGCGCUUUGCCGUGGAAGACUUCUGAAGUGCAGUCGAUGUGGCAGACCUGGAGCGACUAUCGGGUGUCGUGUUGAUCGAUGCCCGAAAACCUACCAUUUGCCUUGUAGUCGAGCAGAAGCCUGUAUAUUUGAUCACCGGAAGUUUCUUAUAGCUUGCAACGAUCAUCGACAUCUCUUCCAACCCCAAGGAGAUAAGUAUGUCGAAUUACUCAGGAAAAUGAAGAUAAAAAAGAUGAAGGCAGAUAUCAGAAAGCUGUCACACGAUGCCUGGAGGAAGGACAAAGAUGCUGAAGAGAAAUGGUUAGAGAACUGUGGGGAAGAUGAAGAGUUCUUAAAACGUGAGGGCAAGCGGCUAAACAGAGAUCUUUUGAGAAUCGCACCUGUUUAUAUAGGAGGCUCUUCUGAAAAUGAAAAGUCAUAUUGUGGUUGGGAAUCUGUUGCUGGGCUCAGUGAUGUUAUUCAGAGCAUGAAGGAGGUGGUGAUACUACCUCUUUUAUAUCCUGAGUUCUUUAGCUCUUUAGGUCUUACACCUCCAAGAGGCGUCCUGCUGCAUGGCCACCCUGGUACUGGUAAAACACUUGUUGUAAGGGCGCUAAUAGGGGCAUGUUCUCAGGGUAACAGAAGGAUUGCUUAUUUUGCUCGAAAAGGUGCUGAUUGUUUGGGUAAGUAUGUUGGCGACGCCGAGAGACAGUUAAGACUUCUAUUUCAGGUGGCUGAACGAUGUCAACCUUCUAUCAUAUUUUUUGAUGAAAUAGAUGGUUUAGCACCUUGUAGAUCCAGACAACAAGACCAGACACACAAUUCAGUUGUGGCGACUUUGCUUUCAUUGCUCGACGGUUUGAAAUCACGGGGCUCGGUUAUAGUGAUCGGGGCUACAAAUCGCCCUGAUGCUAUUGAUCCUGCUCUUAGGAGACCAGGAAGGUUUGAUCGUGAGAUAUACUUUCCGCUACCAACCUUUGAGGACAGAUCUGCUAUUCUGUCACUGCACACAAAAAACUGGCCAAGUCCUAUUUCAGGUGCAUUCCUAUCACAUAUUGCUAGCCAAACUGUUGGAUAUGCUGGUGCUGAUCUGCAGGCAAUUUGUACACAAGCUGCAAUAAAUGCUCUGAAAAGAACCUGCCCAUUACAGGAAAUCUUACGAUCUGCUGAGAAAGGAAUUGAGCAUGGGCGAGUUCCUCUUCCAUCAGUUCUUGUGGAGGAAAGAGAUUGGUUAGCUGCUGUUGCAGCUGCUCCCCCACCCUGUUCACAAAGAGAAGCAGGGAAUGCUGCAAAUGAUUUAGUUUCCUCACCUCUUGAUUCCUAUCUUGUACCAAGCCUUCUUAAACCCUUGGUACACCUUCUUAUUUCCCUGUAUUUGGAUGAGCGUGUCUGGUUACCUUCAUCCCUUCUUAAGGCAUCUGGCUCUAUUAAGGAAGUUGUGUUCUCAUCCAUGGAAAAACAUAGUGUACCCUGCACUUUUUGGUCUUCCUAUCUUCAUUCUUUGAUCCAACAGAAAGAUAUUGCACAUAGAAUUGGAACAAUCCUGUCAAGCUGUGGUCUAGUAGCUGCACAACUAGGAAAUCAUGGUUCAAUGUUGCCGAGUCAUGUUGAAACACAGGAGAAUUUUGAUGGCAGCAGAUUAAAUUCCAUGGGUUUUCAUUUGAAAGCAGGGUUACCGCAUAAACUUUCAGGCUUCCGAGCUUUAGUUGCUGGAGCACCCGGAUCAGGCCAGCAACAUCUGAUUCGUUGCCUUCUUCAUGGUUUUACAGGCCAGAUUGUAAUACACAAGCUUGAUAUUGCAACUAUGGCGCAGGAGGGAAAUGGUGAUAUCCUUAGUGGACUGACACAAAUUCUUCUAAAAUGCCUAAACCUUGGAAGAUGCAUCAUCUACAUGCCUAGAAUUGAUUUGUGGGCAGUAGAGAAGGUCCAUAAUCAGAUAGAAGGUCAUAUGCUCAAUAUGGGGGCAAGCGAUUUAGCAUCCUCACCCACCAAUCAUGUCGAAAAAUGUUCUGAAGUUUGGAAUGCGUUGGUUGAGCAGAUGGAUUCAUUGUUGGCUUCUGUAUCAAUAAGUAUUCUGUCCACUAGUGACCUGAGGUUUCAAGAUCUUCCUAGUGGAGUAAGAGGGUUCUUCAGCGCACAUGUUGUGGAUCAAUUUCUUGCUUCUUCAGAACACACAAUACCAAGAUUUUCUGUGAAUAUUGACAACAGCUUUAACUGGGAUGAGAUGAUUGAUUCAUGUGCUUUGCGGUUAUCACAUGACUUAAUUCAACAUCAUGUUCAAUUUUUGCAUGGCAGAUCUCAUAAGAAUAAUCAUGAUGAACAGAAAGAAGUCUUUGCUUCCAUGGAAAUUAGUGCACCAGGUGAAUCAAAGUCCAGUGAGAAUGAGCAACCCUCUUUUGGAGUUGCUUCAAGGGAGAAUCCAACUCAGCUGGCGGCAAGCAGCGCUCAGCAAGAGCCACCACCAUCUAAUGUGAAGGAUAAAGGAGGAAAUAUUCAGAAAACUGAAUUUGAGGGCACAGUUCGAAGAAAUCCUUCUAGCAGAACUGUAAAGGGCAACGAGUCACUUGCUAUUAUUGCUUUUGGAAUUCAGAUACUGCAGCACCCUCACUUCUCUAAACUUUGUUGGGUUACCUCAAAGCUACGGGAAGGCCCCUGUACUGAUAUAAAUGGGCCAUGGAAAGGCUGGCCAUUUAAUUCCUGUUUAUUGCAUAGCAGUACCUUGCCUGAUAAGUCACUAAAUGGAGGAAACAAUGUUGUUAAGGGCAAGGAAAAGACUCUCUGUGCGAGAGGAUUAGUUGCUGUUGGGUUAUUAGCUUAUCGAGGUGUCUAUGCGUCUGUUAUGGAAGUCUGUGCUGAGGUGAGAAAGGUAUUGGAACUGUUAGUUGGACAGAUCCGAACUAAAAUUUUGGAAAAGAGAAACCGAUUUCGGUAUUUUCAUAUUCUAUCUCACGUUGCUUAUCUGGAUGAUAUUGUGAACAGCUGGGCGUACACCUUCCAUAGGUUACAUAUUGAGAGCAGGACAGGAACAUCAGGCACAAAGUUAACAAGUCAAGGAAGAUCAUGCACCAAAGAGUGUCAAAGCACCAGGUACGCAGCAGAAACCAAUUUACAGGUUGCUCCUGCUGGCAACCCUACUGAGGUCCAAGACAUUCCAGCCCAACGCACUCAGGACCAUGAGGUUUUUCCUGCUUGCUGUCCUAAUGAGAUGCAAGAUAACUCAGUCCAGCAUACUUCAGAUCAACUUGAAAUCCAUACUAUGGUCUGUGACCUUGAUGAUGAUCAUGUGACAUCUAUAUCCAGCAGGGAUGAAGUGGAAUGCAAUAUUGUCCAUUCAGCUUCACCUGAUGUGCAUAGGGGUAACCAUACACAUGCAGAUAGUAUAACAAAUGAUGGAGAACCCAGUGGAGCAAACAAUGAUGGAAAAAUGUCCGGGUCAACCUAUGAUGAAGAGAACUGCAGAUCAGAUACUCAAAGAUCUGAAAACCACACAGAAUCUGUUGAACAUUUGAAUGAUCUGCAAAGGGCAGGAAACUCUGUUGCAUCCUCAGCUAGUACUAACAGUACAGGAAUACCAAGGAACAUUGUUUCAUCUGAAGCUCAUGGCGAUGAUAAUGAGUUGAAGACGAAUAAUCCUCUGAGUGAUGUUGAAUCAGGUCAUUUGAUUGAUGGUCAACUGCAAGAUAACAUGCAGAAUCUUUCAGUUCCAAAAUCUUCAUGUCUCUAUAAAUGUUGCUCCACAUGCUUCCGUGCUGUUUAUAAGAUGGUUCAUGAUAUUCUUUCAAAUCCUCUAAGGCCUAAUCUGCAUUGCUUAACAGUUGAUGAUAUGCACGACAUUCUCUCAUCAUGGUCCUUGAAUCUAUUAGCAACUGUUAGAAAAUGUUACAGCUCUCAAGAUGUGGUCAGCUGUGAAGAAAAUUUUGGAAAAAUGCACAAGCAAGGGCAUUGUGCUUGUCAGAGUGAUGUUACUCUUCUUUCAAGGGAGUGCAUAUGCCAUUUGGAAAGCAAUGAGGAUGCUGAAACGGCAAAUGCUGAUUGUCAUUCUCUGUUUGGUCAAAGGUUAAGUUUUUUCUUUAAAGAUGGUGUAUGGAUGCCAUCAGAGUUUACUGCAGAAACCACCCUUCAUUGCAGCUUCAGGAGAUUAUGCGUUUGCUCAAUAUUAGGAACAGUUUCUAUGUUCAGUCAAAUCUCCACUUGAUGAGAUCGUCUGAUGCAGAUACAAAAGUACAGAGAGUACUUCAAUGCUCUAGGCGUUGCAGUUCUGAUUUUACCCUGAGUUGGCCCACCUCCAGUGUUGCACAGACCAAAAGAUCAUCAGGCUGUCUUCUUUUUCAUGGGACUCAUUUGUUUCCCUACUGUGGCUGUUGGUUGAUUUGAAUUUCUCACCCUUAAUGCAACUUUCGAGCUAGCUUAUUGCAAUAAAUUGCCUUUACCUGCUAUGGUCGGUAGCGGAAUGCUGGCUCAUGUAGUUCCAUGACCUGGAUAUUUGAAGAGAAGAAGCUAAGCUAUUCAUCUUCUGUUUUUCUUUUUAAGAAGUGGCUCUGUUGUAGCAUGGACUGCUGCUACUGCUGGAAUCUGUACAACUAGCUGAUGAGUGACGAUGUUUCAAUUCUCAUUGUACCAUCUAUUAUAGCUCAAUUAAGCCAUCAAGUCGAAACAAGAUUGAAUGCCUAUAGCGUUUUUGGGCUGUACCUUCAUGCUGGUCACUGGUGUGCUUUCUAAUGAGCAACUAACAUUGAGCAUGAUGGCUCUUUAGAAUUAUUAGCAUGCUGUUAUUUAGAUGCAUGAGGUUGAGAUAAUAUAUUGUAGUUGUGUCUUGGAAUGUACACAAGUUUUUAAUAGAGGCAAUUAUUUGCAAUGGAAACAAAUUGCUAAUU